CUAGUUUCCGUUGUUGAACGAACAGAAGAAGCAAAACAUCAAGCUACUGCUGGCCGGCUGGGAUAGCUUCUGGAAUAAACGUGUUCGUCAGAAGCCCUCUUUCCGAAAACAGUUUCAUCUGAAGUCCCUUCGGACAAGCUGGAGGCUGAGAUGUCCGGGAUCCCACCAGACACAUGGCGGCCCCCCACCGUCACCAUAGAGACCACAAUGGGCGCCAUAGUGCUGGAGCUGUAUUGGAAGCAUGCUCCGAAAACCUGCAAGAACUUCGCCGAGCUGGCCAAGAGGGGGUACUACAGCAACACCCGUUUCCACCGGAUCAUCAAGGACUUCAUGGUGCAGGGGGGAGAUCCCACCGGGACAGGUCGGGGUGGCGCCUCUAUCUUUGGGAAACAGUUUGAAGACGAGAUCCACUCGGAACUCAAGUUCUCAGGGGCGGGUAUUCUGGCGAUGGCGAAUGCAGGCCCCAACACAAACGGCAGCCAAUUCUUCCUCACACUCGGAGAGACUCAGUGGUUGGAUGGAAAACACACAAUCUUUGGCCGAGUGCGCCAAGGAAUGGGCGUGGUGAACCGCAUCGGAAUGGUGGAGACCAACACCCAGGACCGGCCCGCCGACGACAUCAAGAUCCUGAGGGCCUUCGUCACCGAUUGAAUGACCUCGUUUUCUACAUUUUAAAAAUACUGUAAUAAAUGUUUUUGUUUA